GCCCGCCCGCACUGACCAACGUUAUCGUCUCCACGGCCCACGGGGACGGGAGCUCGCCUCGGAGCUCUCCCUUCUCGGAGAAGCCACCCGCAAUCCCACUUCCACGGCUCCACCUCCUCCAUGCACGCCUAGCUCCCUUCCUUGCCAUCCCGAACCCCAUGUCUCUGAUGGCCGCCGCCUCCCCACCAUUCCCCUUCCCCUCCUCCUCGUCCUCCUCCACGCGCCACCUCCGCCGUGCGGCCACUACCACCGCCUCAGCGGCUUCGUCUACCUCCGACGAGUUCGACUACCCCCUCGUCGAUCCCUCAGUCCGAUGGCCCCACCUCCGCUUCCCGCACCUCCCCGCGCCGCGCUUCCCCGCCGCCACCGUCCCCGCCGCGCCUCCGGCCCCCGCCAGGCCGCCCCGUGUGGAGGACGACGACGACCCCGCGGAGACCCCCGCCUCCGCCUCCGCACUCGUCGAGCCGCUGGACGCGCGCGCCCACCGCGGGAGGGUGAAGAGGCUGAGCAAGCUCGCGCUGCGGAGGGCGCGGGACUGGCGCGCGCGCGUGGCGGGGCUCGCGGACGCCGUCCUCGCGCUGGCCCCCGGUGCGCCCGUCGACGACGUGCUCGAAGGCGCGCGGGCCGCGCCCGACGAGGUCUCCCUCGUCGUGCGCACCGUCGGGGAGAGCUCCUGGCGGCGCGCGCUGGACGUCUUCGAGUGGCUCGCGCGGAGCGGCGCCCCGGCUCCCCGCGCCGUCGCCGUCGUCAUCGGCGUCCUCGGGCGCGCGCGCCAGGACGCGGUCGCGGAGGAGCUCUUCCUCCGCUUCGCGGGCGAGGGCGCCACCGUCCAGGUGUUCAACGCCAUGAUGGGCGUGUACGCGCGCUCUGGCCGGUUCGACGACGCACGGCAGCUGCUUGACACAAUGCACGAGCGGGGGAUCGAGCCUGACCUUGUCAGCUUCAACACUCUCAUCAAUGCCAGGGCCAAGUCCGGGUGCUUGGCUGCCGGCGUCGCCCUCGACCUCCUGUUUGAAGUCCGGCAGGCUGGGCUGAGGCCGGAUGUUAUCACUUACAACACGCUCAUCAGUGCUUGCUCACAGAGUUCUAAUCUGGAAGAUGCUGUGACAGUGUUUGAGGAGAUGAUGGCUUCGGAGUGCCGGCCGGAUUUGUGGACGUACAAUGCGAUGGUGUCGGUGCAUGGCCGGUGUGGGAAGGCUGAGGAGGCUGAGCGGCUGUUUGGGGAGCUGGUGGAGAAGGGUUUUAUGCCUGAUGCAGUUACCUACAAUUCUCUUCUAUAUGCUUUUGCAAAGGAAGGGGAUGUCGACAAAGUGGAGCGCACCUGUGAGGAUUUGGUUAAGGCUGGGUUCAGGAAGAACGAGAUAACUUAUAACACCAUGAUUCAUAUGUAUGGGAAGAUGGGCAGGCUUGAUUUAUUAGUUGGUCUGUAUGAUGAGAUGAGGUCUAUGGGCUGUACUCCAGAUUCUGUGACGUACACUGUCUUGAUUGAUUCUUUGGGGAAGAUGGAUAGGAUUGCUGAGGCAGGUAAGGUCCUAGAGGAGAUGGCAGCUGCAGGAUUGAAGCCAACUUUAGUAACUUUCAGUGCUUUGAUUUGUGCAUAUGCCAAAGGGGGGAGGUGGGCUGAAUCGGAGAAGACGUUUGAUUGCAUGGUCGCAUCAGGUGUCAAACCUGAUCGUUUAGCAUACUUGGUUAUGCUGGAUGUUUUUGCUAGGUCAGGUGAGACGGAAAAGUUGUUGGAUCUGUAUCGAAAAAUGAUGAAGGAUAGUUAUAGACCAGAUGAUGGCCUGUAUCAGGUCCUGCUUGCUGCACUUGCAAAGGAAGAUAAGCACGAGGAGAUUGAAGAAGUUAUCCAAGACAUGGAAUUACUUUGUCAAAUGAAUCCAGGAAUAAUAUCUACAAUACUCAUCAAGGCAAGGUGCAUUUCUCAGGGCGCUAAACUAUUGAAGAAGGCAUGUCUCCAGGGAUACAAGCCUGAUAUUAAGAGCUUACGGUCCAUAAUGGAUGCAUAUGUAACGACAGAAAAACAGGAAGAAGGCCUCUCAUUGCUUGAAUGCAUCCGGGAGCAUGUAUCCAGUUCCCAUGAUUUGAUAUCUGAAUUUUCCGUCAUGCUUCUAUGCAGAAAACAGACGAGCAUCGCUGCCUAUGAAGAGUACAAUAGAAUGCAAAUGUUCAAAUAUGAAUCUUUUGGUCGAAACUGUAACUUGUAUGAAUACUUGAUUACAUGUCUUGAGGAAGCUGAGUUCUUUUCUGAAGCUUGUCAAGUGUACUGUGACAUGCAGUUUAUCGGCAUAGAGGCUUCUAAAAAUAUUUACGAGAGUAUGAUUUCCACCUACUGCAAACUGGGAUUCCCAGAAACAGCACAUAGGUUGAUGGAUGAUGCUUUGCAAUCUGGUAUUCCGCUAAACGUUCUCCGUUCUAGAGUACUUAUAAUUGAAGCAUAUGGGAAGAUAAAGCUCUGGCAGCAAGCAGAAAUCUUGGUGAAAGGGCUGAGGCAAUCAUCAGGUAUUGAUAGAAGGAUUUGGAAUGCUUUGAUACAUGCAUAUGCAGAGAGUGGACUUUAUGAGAAAGCAAGGGCAGUAUUUGAUAAUAUGAUUAAAGCAGGUCCUCUACCAACUGUUGAUUCUAUUAAUGGAAUGAUGAGGGCAUUGAUAGUUGAUGGCAGAUUGGAUGAGUUGUACGUGGUUGUGCAAGAGCUUCAAGAUAUGGACUUCAAGAUCAGCAAAAGUACAGUACUCCUUAUGCUUGAUGCUUUUGCAAAAGGUGGUGAUGUAUUUGAGGUAAUGAAAAUCUACAAUGGAAUGAAGGCAGCGGGAUACUUGCCAAAUAUGCACCUCUACAGAAGUAUGAUUUCCUUGCUUUGCCGUCACAACCGAUCAAGGGACGUUGAGUUGAUGAUUGCAGAGAUGGAGGCAGCAGGGUUCAAGCCAGAUGUUGCCAUACUUAAUGCUCUUCUUAUGAUGUAUACUGCCACUGGGAACUUCGAUAGGACAAUACAAGUAUAUCAAAGUAUUCUGGAAGCUGGCUUAGAGCCUGAUGAGGACACAUACAAUACAUUGAUAGUCAUGUACUGUAGAAACUUUAGGCCAGAAGAAGGUUUUACACUAUUGAAUGAAAUGGGCAAACGAGGUCUGAUACCAAAGUUGCAAUCCUACAAAAGCUUGCUUGCUGCAUCUGCAAAAGCGGAACUCAGGGAGCAGGCUGACCAGCUUUUUGAAGAAAUGCGAUCGAAGGGUUACCAAUUAAAUAGAUCUAUCUAUCACAUGAUGAUGAAAAAUUACAGGAACGCUGGCAACCACUCCAAAGCUGAGAACUUGCUAUCAGUAAUGAGAGAGGAUGGCAUUGAGCCAACUAUUGCUACUAUGCAUAUCCUCAUGACUUCUUAUGGGACUGCUGGGCACCCACGUGAAGCUGAGAAUGUAUUGAACAGCUUGAAAUCUUCCAGUUUGGAAGUCAGCACGUUACCAUACAGUACUGUCUUUGAUGCUUACCUGAAAAAUGGUGACUAUGAGCUUGGGAUCACAAAACUGCUGGAAAUGAAAAGAGAUGGUGUAGAACCAGAUCAUCAAGUUUGGACAUGUUUCAUUAGGGCUGCUAGUUUGUGUGAGCAAACUGAUGAUGCUAUUCUUCUUCUAAACUCUUUAAAGGAUUGUGGAUUUGAACUCCCCAUCAGGCUCCUGACUGAGAGGACACCUUCAGUGUUAAGUGAGGUCGCCAAUUAUCUGGAAGAGCUAGAAGCAUUAGAAGAUUCUGCUGCUUUGAACUUUGUAAAUGCACUAGAAGAUCUGUUGUGGGCAUUUGAAUGUCGAGCAACUGCUUCGUGGAUUUUCCAAUUGGCAGUAAAGAGAAACAUAUACCGCGAUAAUGUCUUUCGUGUGGUAGAAAAGGACUGGGGAGCUGACUUCCGGAAGCUGUCUGCUGGAGCUGCACUUGUUGGUCUUACAUUGUGGCUUGAUCACAUGCAGGAUGCUUCACUCCAGGGUUCACCAGAAUCACCCAAAUCUAUUGUAAUGGUCACAGGGGAGGGGGAAUAUAACAUGGUAUCCUUGCGUAAAACCAUUAGAGCCUACCUUUUGGAAAUGGGCUCCCCAUUCUUGCCAUGUAGAGUCCGGUCUGGUCGCUUUGUGGUAAAGGCCUACUCUCUUAAGAUGUGGCUGAAAGAUUCUCCUUUCUGCAUGGACCUUGAGUUGAAAGACGUUCCAGCUCUUCCUAAAUUGAACUCAAUGAAGCUGAUUGAUGGAUAUUUCAUGAGAGCUGGCCUUGUAUCAGCAUUUAAAGAUAUACAUGAGCGACUUGGGGAAGUAUGGCCAAAGAAGUUUUCCAAAUUAGCUCUGUUGUCAGAAGAAAGUAGGGAUGAGGCUAUCAAGGCUGAUAUACAAGGAAGGAAAGAAAAACUGGAUAGAAUGAAAAAGAAGGAUCUUGUCACAGCAAGAAAUUCUAAAAGAAGACCACAAAGAGCAAAAUUUGUUAGGGAACAAGGACAAAGCAUGAAAGCAGUAUCGAAGUAGUUGUGUCAAUGUUUGCUUCAUCAUGGCAUUUCCUUACACAGCAUCUGGCAUCUACAUGAUAACCAGCUCAUACUGAGAUGAACAAACUUUGGAUAUAGCAUAUUUCACUAAUGAUGACAUCGUUGAGUGAAACCAAGUGCAAACCAAUCAUGCUUCACAUGAUAUUGAGUUCUGGAGAUAUUCUUCAGAUUGUAUGUCUGGCUGAUCUUAUUGAUGAAGGGUGGAAUGUGAGAACGCAUGGUUUAAAUGUUUAAUUACAAAAGCAAGCAGGGAAUCAAUUCUUACUUCUAAGGACAGGAAGUUGGACUCCAACCAAGGGAAGCAUUCUGCAAGGACAGCAGGCGCUCCUAUCGGGUUUGCAGUCACAGUCUGUGUUACUUGCACAAGGUGGUGCAACUUGUGCUGAGAACUUAGAACUUAUUUUGCCAAGGACUCGUACAGCUUUCGCAUCUUCGGGCGUCCAACACGAAAAGAACCCCUUCAUGAUUCACUUUGGACUCUGGAGUUCUGCAACCUGGAACUAGGGCUGUAAAUGAGCUGAGCUCAUCACCUCAAGCUUGAGCUUGUUAGAGCAUCGAGCCGAGCCUCAAAACUGAUCCAAGCUUAGAGCUAGGCUCAAGCUUGGCUCAUUUAUAAUUCGAACCGAUCAGUCGAGCUUAUAGCGGUUAACCACGAAUAAUUCACGAGCUUUGAGAUUUAUAUCAUUCCUAAACUUAGUUCAGCAAACUCUACAUAAAUAAUUGGUACUUUGUAAACAUUGAGGAUUUGCACAAUGCAAUUAGGCAAGAAAAUUAAAGUAUAUGUAUGUACACCUCAUAUAUCAUGGGCAAUAAUAGUGCACGAGCUUACUCGAGCUUUUCGAUCUCAA